AUGGCCGAGAAAGUAAUUGUGUUGAUGACGGACGGCAAUUCUUACGACGAUUGGAAAACAGUCAAAGAAACGGCUGAAUAUAUCCAAGAGAGCAAGGUGAAGGUGUUCAUUCUGGCCUUAGGCUGGAGCGUGUAUAAGCCAGAACUGGAGAUUUAUGCCGGCAACCAUGGAAAAUUAUUCACUAAGGAGAACAUCUACUUGUUCGGCAACGAAAUCCGCAAAAUAGUGGGCACCAGCUGCUACGACUCGGCAAAAUCGUUUCAGUCAAGCAAUGGCAAUUCGUCGAGCAACCAACCUGGGACUCAUCCAAGGAGCCAAGAGGAACUUGCGGAUACCAUGCAAAAAGAUUUGAUAACGAGUCUGAAAUCGAUUGAAAAUAUUGAAAUGCUAAGAUGUGCCGUCGAUAUCGUAUUUGUUCUGGACGCUUCUGGCAGCACCGAACUUGGAUUCUACGGCCAAAUCCAGAUGAUGAUAAACCUGGUCAAAAUCAUGACCGUAAAUCCGUACGCACACAGGGUGGCUGUCAUCGAAUACAGCGGACUGGAUAUGCAAAAAGUGCAGUUUGGCCUCGAUAAAUACAAAGACAAAGGUUCCUUAAUCGUGGCCAUCCAGAAACUGCCGUUUUUCUCGGGAAUCACGAUGACCGGCGAAGCCCUGAAGCUGAUCCAGACGGUUGCGAGGAAGCGAAGACGCAGCGUUCCUCUGCUGAUAAUCGUUCUAACCGACGGCGUGACGUACGACGAGGUUUCCAACACAGCAGCUGCUAUCCGAAACAUGGACAGCGUCGUAAUGGCAACGGUGACAACCGUACAGCCAUAUAACUGGUAAUU